AUCUGAACUUCUCAGCGCAGGUUGUCUUGCUCCCACCCCCGUGCUAGAUGCCAAUGCGCAGGCUCGAGUCGUUUGUCGAGGCCAAUUCUUUGUACUGCGAUCUUACAGCAGCGACCCUUCCCCAGCAUGGGCACCGCUAAACCGCGGCCCUCCGGCUCUAGAGCUUCCGUCUCAAAAGCCCAUUCCUUCCAAGCUCUUCCGGAGAAAACUUUCAUCGUCGAUAAUGGCGCAUAUACGCUAAAAGCAGGAUUUGCGCCUGACUAUCCACCACCAGAGGACGAAGAAAAGGCGCUGUCGGCGUGCGCGACCAUCCCCAAUGCGAUUGUCAAGACACGUGAAAACCGCAUUUACGUUGGCUCGCAGCUUAAUACACACGUGACAGACUGGAAUGAGGUGUCUUUUCGUCGACCGGUAGAAAAGGGCUACAUUGUCAACUGGGAAGCACAGAAAGAGGUCUGGGAGCAAUCUUUCUUCGACGAGAAGACCGUGCGAGGCAAUGAUCUACGCAUCACCGACCCGGAAGACACAACCUUGGUGCUGACGGAGGCUCCCAAUGGUCUGCCUGCUUUGCAGAAAAACGCCGAUGAGAUUGUAAUGGAAGAGUGGGGCUUUGGAGGUUAUUACAGAAGCCUAGGACCACCAUUGAAUGCUUGGAACGAACUGAACGCCCUCUUUGGAGAUUCGGUUGUGAGAGAAGCAGACUCUGUCGUGACGCCAAGAGAAUGUUUGCUGGUUAUCGACUCUGGCUACUCCCACACCACGGUGACGCCUGUUUACCGAGGCCAACCGCUCCAGCGUGCUGUACGCAGACUUGACCUGGGUGGCAAGCAUCUUACAAAUUACUUGAAGGAAAUGGUGUCUGUGCGGCAGUACAAUAUGGUGGAUGAAACCUAUAUCAUGAAUGAGGUCAAAGAGGCGGUUUGCUACGUGAGCAACAAUUUCGUUGGCGACUUGGAGCAGAGCUGGAAAGGCAAUCGAAAGCGUGGCCUUGCUGAGUCGAAUGAAGGGGUCACGGUAGACUAUGUCCUUCCCGAUCCCAAUGCGGGGAAGAAGGGUUUCAUGCGACCACACGACCCAUUACUAAACGCCAAAAAGAGGAAAGGAGCGCUGUCCGGUACCAGUGCUGAGGCAUUCUCGGAAGACGCUUUAAUUUUGGGCAACGAGCGGUUUACUGUGCCGGAGAUUCUGUUCACUCCCAGUGAUAUUGGGAUGAAACAGGCCGGAAUUCCGGAUAUCGUUCUGCAAAGUCUUGCUGUACUGCCUACCGGAUUACACCCGGCCUUUUUGGCCAACGUCCUGGUCGUCGGUGGAAACUCAUUACUACCGGGGUUCAUGGAGCGAUUGGAGACCGAGCUGCGUCAACUGGCAUCUGUUGAAUGUGUUGUAAGAGUGCGGUGCUCUCAAGACCCAAUUCGAUCCACUUGGCUGGGCGCGUCACGCUUCGCCACCAACCGAGAAGAACUGAAAAAGGUCGCUAUCACUCGUCAGGAAUACCAAGAGUAUGGUUCCUCAUGGGCUGGUCGGAAAUUUGCUGGUGCAUUAUAGCCGACCGGGGUGGUCAAGAUUUAAGCGCGAUUGGCGUCCUCGGAGGACAGAGCAGCAGCUGUUCGUUUGCUACGCUAGGCUGGCACCUAUUUCUGUUUUGUGUGUAUAUUAUGUAGUAUGUGUCCUUGAUACCCUGUAAGUUACCAGAUGGUUGAUUGAAUGUGCGAACACAGCAGACCGUCUUCCCAUUUCCGUUGCAAGAAAAGUACAAACAUGAUCGUCCAUUCAAUUGUCAGAACCCAAGACUUCAGAGGGAUCGAAACGACCAUGCAGUGUCAAUCAGUUGGGCAGAAAAGAUGCGGGUGAGUCAAGGGGAUCGAGUUGU